AUAUUAUUAUAUUCAUAUAUCUGGUUGUGGAAGUUAUACUGCAGACACCGCUGGCUACUACCCCUUAUCAAUCUUUUUUUGAAAUUAUAGUUAUCGAAUAAAUAAUAUUUAUAUCCGUGUAUAUUGUACAUUGUAUACAUUUUAUAUAGUCCGGUUCAGUGUGACAGUGUGUCGUUACUCGUUUGCACCACAUGCUCACAUAAUAUAAACAUUUAAUUUAACAAUUUUUCAGAACAUUAUAAUAUUAAUUCAUAUGCAUUUAUAAUUUGUUAUAAAAUUGUAUCAAAUAUUAACCUAGAGCGAUGAAACAUAAUGUACAGUGUAACCAACAUGUUUGAUUGACGGUGGUUACAAUAGAAGACCACUAUAUGAAGAAUCUCAUAAAAAAUAACAAAUAAUAACGAAAGUAGUUUUUUGAUAUAACAUCACAAUGAUUCAAAUGAUUAAUAAUUUAAGAUUAUAGAAUGAUGAAAAAGAGAGAACAUUCUCUGAAACAAUUUUCGGUCAACAUUCAAAUGCAGUCGUGCGUCAUGUUUUUCCCUCACACGGUCAAGUACAUUAUGGUGGAAAAACCAAUUGAAGAUGACUCUCAAGAACUCGAUAAACCUCCUGAACCCGUCAUGGUAGAAAAAAGGGUGUGCGAGGUGGCCCACUCGUGUGCUACUAAGUACGAGGAACUUAUUGCUAUUGAAGCUAAAGAUGUGGAGUUGACGGAAGACAAUUUAAAUGAGUUGUUUUUUAUGGAAAAAGAAUUUUUGGAAAGUUUUCCGAAAGAAUUGGUCGAUCAACUGUUGAGUAAAAAAGUGUACUCGGUAAUGUUGUCAAUGCCAACUAUAAAACAAGACACCGUAGUUCAAGAAGCCAUCACAGAAGACGAAAAUCUACCUGAGCCCAUCGACUUAAUGGGAGUAAUAGAGCAGAAGUUAAGCACAAUAAUUUACGGCGACGGAACCCCAUUAUGUCCUAGUCCGAAUUCGCUUGCAGAUGUGCAUAAGAAAGUAAAUAAAUCCGGACAAAAUUUACCAUCGAUUUAUACCCCAAGAAAUCCGUUGAGUAAAGCUUCGGCGCUGACCAUUUUGUUCAGCAAAUUCUGCCAAAACAAUGGAUACGUUGCACCUCUGCCGCCUUUACCUCAGUACCUUGUCAUUUUUGAUAUCAACAAAUCAAACAUAGUGUUACCGAUUAUCGAAGAUCUUGAAGAAAAAGUCGUCUAUUACGGGUUUUUCCGUAGCGCCGAUCCCGAAAAACCCAAGCUACUCUGCAAAGAUCCCGAAUUGUUAGCUACAUAUGGCAUGGACAGAGUUGGCAAAGACGCCAAAUUGGUGUUGUCUGUGCUCAUGGACGACAAGGAUAAGAGUCUGUUGCGGUUCGUUGACGUCGGGCCAAUUUACGUGAGUCCUGAUCACGAGGCGGGCAUUGACGAUGCUAUUAAGUUUUUCCCACACGACUUCGACGAGAUGGAUGGCGAAGUAAAGUUGUGGCUGGCCCAGCAGGAGGUUCGAGAUGAGGAAGCUAACGACGCGAACGUCUUGGGUGAUGGUGAAGAAGGUGUGGUGGUGGAAGAAGAGAACUCUCCGCCGGAUCAGCAACAGGAACCAACGCAGCCAACCGUCGUCGGUUAAUAUUGUGUCCAAUGAUGUUUGCGCACUCAUGGGUUUUUAUUGCAAGUUCGAUCAUUUCUAAUCGUAUACAUUUUCCCAAACCACAAAAGUAGUUGUGAGGAAACAAAUUUUUGUAAUCUGUUUAUAUUUUGUAUUCCUGAUACAAAAUAAAUGUAUUCUUUACGUGAAUGUUCAAUAGUAAACGUUUUGAAAAUAAUAUUAUGUUCUACACAUUAAUGUAACUAUAUUGCCUAUACAUUACGCCGUGAUACAAUAUGAUCGAAAACAAUAUACAUACUAUUUUUUUUUUUUUAUAAUUAUAAUUUGGCAAAAUACAAAACCCUGCAACAACAAGAAAAAAAGAGCAAAAACAUCGAUAACAAUAAU